AUGCAGAUCGAACCGUUAAGGAGGGUCGACACGACCUGGAGCGACGAUACGGAGCUCGACCAUAUCACUUAUAAUGACAAGUACGUCGUGGUAUAUGACUUCAGCAGUGUUGAAUCUGCUGGUCUCAACACCGAAGUUCGCCCUGGCUACGAUCAAUCACUAUUGAUAUUUUGUCAAGCACCCAGAGACUUGCUCGGAAAUGCUGUCUACAAGUCGCGAGUCAAGGACUGGCUGUAUGGCAUAACUAAGAAUCAUCCUGGUGGCACCGCCAAGAGCAUUGUCGAUGGAGCUUUCGAAGCGGAAGAUCUUCUUUCCAUGUACCACCUGCUCGUUUGGCAGAAAGAGCUCGGGGGAGCUGGUAUCACCCCAGGCUAUGGUCUAUGGGAGAAUGUGACGUCUAUAUUUCCUUUGCACAACAAACCCAUCAACGGGGCGUUAUUGACCCGCCUUAGCAAGAAGUUCUUCCUGGAUCAUGCUGACUUGGACCAAAUUCGCAACCUCUGGGGAGCCAAGGUUGCCUUUUACUUUGCUUUCAUUCAGACCUAUUUCCGCUCUCUGUCUUUUCCUUGUGUAGCGGGUGUCUUUGCUUGGGCAUUCCUAGAAAAAUACUCACUGGCCUUUGCUGUGCUCAUCGGCAUCUGGUGUACGGUCUUCCUGGAGUACUGGAAGAUCAAGCAGAAUGAUCUGGCUAUCCGUUGGAAUGUUCGAGGAGUUGGAGAGUUGAAGUUGAACCGUCCGCAGUUCCGCUACGAGAAAGAGAUCAUCGACUCUGUCGGAAGAGUCAGGCACAUCUUCCCGAGAUGGAAGCGCAUUGUGCGGCAGCUGGUCGUGAUACCCUUCGUGCUUGUGAGCACCUUGCUACUCGGCAUUCUGAUCACCUUCGUUUUCGCUAUUGAAACGUUCAUCGCGGAAGCCUACGAAGGACCAUACAAAUUCUAUCUGGAGUAUCUCCCGACUGUUCUUCUUGCAGUAUUCUUGCCAUACGUCACGAAUCUUCUCGAGGAUAUUGCCACCGGUUUGGCGGAAUACGAGAACCACCGGACAGCGGACCACUACGAAAUGUCUCUAACGCAGAAGCUCUUUGUGCUAAACUCGAUCACCAAUUACAUGCCGAUCUUUCUCACUGCAUUCGUAUAUGUACCAUUCGGAAGCACGGUCCUGCCACUACUGCAACAAGCUAUGAAUCGGGCACUAGGUGUUCAAAGCAAGCUGGAAUUUAGCGCUGACCCCGACCGAUUGCGCAAUGAGGUGAUAGCACUCACGGUUACGGGACAGGUCUCUAGCGCCGUCGAAGAACUCGCAUUGCCGUGGGUAAAGAUACAAGUCAAGCAGUGGUGGCGCGACCGACAAACCAGCCGGGCGCACGACCGAACUUCUUACGAUAAGAUGCCCUUCGAAGAUCCUGCCGAAACCCGCUUCCUCCGCCGAACACGAAGGCAAGCGUUGAGACCAGCGUACAACGUCCAAGAAGAUAUAGCGGAGAUGGUAAUCCAGUUCGGCUAUCUUGCACUUUUUAGUCCAGUGUGGCCACUUAUACCGAUCGGCUUCUUCGUCAACAACUGGUUUGAACUUCGGUCCGACUUUAUUAAGAUUUGCAUUGAACAUCAGAGACCCGAUCCAUCACGCAGCGAUGGCAUCGGGCCUUGGGUAGACAGUAUGGAAUGCCUCACGUGGCUGGGUAGUGUGAGCAGCGCCGCUAUCGUACAUUUGUUUGGUACCCACCAGUUCCUUGGCGACUACCUGGGCCUGAGCACGUGGGCGAGUCUCCCAAUUACUAUCCUCAUAUCCGAACACAUCUUCAUGGGCUUCAGAGCGGCAGUCCGAUUUGCUCUAUCGCGAAUUGGAUCAGAGCAGACCCGGAGAGAAAAAGCUGAGCAAUAUGCAAACCGGAAGAAACAUCUCGACGAGCUCGAGGCAAAUGCAGAGAAGGCAUCGCAUCUAGGUGUUGCUGAACGCGAAAGGCGCAAGAGUAUCAGAAUCAAUGCGGCGGAUUUCUUCUGGACUAAGCAAGCUGAAACAGGAGCUAGCUCAGCCGCAGGCAUCCGUAUCAUCAAGGCAUUGAAAAGCGCAGAGCACGAAACAGCAAUCACGGGCAGAGACACAAAGAUCGACUGA